UCAGCACUGGUGCUAUAAGAACGAAGCAGGAAGAAAAAAUUUAUUGUACUGCGAACUUUUUCUGAUUGCAUUUUAAAUUAUUUCAAAGAAAAAAAAUACAAUUUUGUGUGUGAUAUUAUUCCAAAACAAUGGAAGCAUUAAUUCCGGUUAUAAAUAAAUUACAAGAUGUCUUCAAUACAGUUGGAUCGGAUUCAAUUCAGCUACCGCAAAUUGUUGUACUUGGCAGUCAGAGUUCCGGUAAAAGUUCAGUAAUUGAAAGUUUAGUUGGACGAUCAUUUUUACCCCGAGGAACUGGCAUUGUAACACGACGUCCCCUUAUUCUACAACUCAUAUAUUCCCCCAUCGAUGACAAAGAACAUCGUUCAGCCGAAAAUGGCACAGUCAAUACCGAAGAAUGGGGAAAGUUCCUGCACACCAGAAAAACCUACACUGACUUCAAUGAGAUCCGUCAAGAAAUCGAAAAUGAAACAGAUCGUGCUGCGGGCAGCAACAAAGGAAUAUGCCCAGAGCCAAUCAAUCUCAAAAUAUACUCAACACGUGUCGUUAAUCUAACACUUGUCGAUUUACCUGGCAUAACUAAAGUACCAGUCGGCGAUCAACCCGAAGACAUUGAGGCACAAAUUAAAGAUUUAAUUGUUAAGUAUAUUGAAAAUCCGAACUCGAUUAUUUUGGCAGUCACUUCGGCCAACACAGAUAUGGCAACAAGUGAAGCAUUGAAACUGGCCAAGGAUGUUGAUCCAGAUGGACGACGUACGUUGGCUGUUGUUACGAAACUUGAUCUCAUGGAUGCUGGCACCGAUGCAAUUGAUAUAUUGUGCGGUCGUGUGAUUCCAGUUAAACUAGGCAUUAUUGGUGUAAUGAAUCGAUCUCAACAAGAUAUCAUGGAUAAGAAAACUAUUGAAGACCAGUUAAAGGAUGAAGCUGCAUUCUUGCAGAGGAAAUAUCCAACUCUCGCUACUAGAAAUGGAACACCGUACUUAGCGAAGACUUUGAAUCGUCUUCUGAUGCACCACAUUAGGGAUUGUCUCCCUGAUUUAAAGACACGUGUGAAUGUUAUGUCAUCGCAGUUCCAAUCACUAUUACACUCAUACGGCGAAGAUGUGACUGACAAAAGCCAAACUCUGCUUCAGAUAAUAACCAAAUUUGCCAGUGCAUAUUGUUCAACUAUUGAAGGCACGGCCAGGAACAUUGAAACCACUGAGCUUUGUGGUGGCGCUCGAAUUUGUUAUAUUUUCCAUGAGACUUUUGGUCGUACUUUGGACUCUAUUCAUCCACUAUCUGGAUUAACUAAAAUGGAUAUUCUAACAGCCAUUCGCAAUGCAACUGGUCCUAGGCCAGCUUUGUUUGUGCCUGAGGUUUCAUUUGAACUUUUGGUUAAACGUCAAAUUCGUCGUUUGGAAGAGCCUUCAUUGAGAUGUGUUGAAUUGAUUCACGAGGAAAUGCAGAGAAUCAUUCAACAUUGUGGUAAUGAGGUUCAACAGGAAAUGUUGAGAUUCCCAAAAUUACAUGAAAAAAUCGUCGAUGUUGUGACACAAUUGUUGAGACGUCGUUUGCCAACAACUAAUGUUAUGGUGGAGAAUUUAGUUGCUAUUGAAUUGGCUUACAUUAAUACCAAACAUCCAGAUUUCCAUAAAGAUGCUGCUUUGGUACCAAGUCUAUUGAAGGCAGAUUUAAUUAAUGAGCCAUUCUCACAAAUGCAAAUGCAAAUGAAUAUGCAACGUCAGCGUCAACAACAACCGCGAACGACUAAUUCAUCACCCCAAGUUACAGCACAACAACAUCAAGAUGCUAAUGACAGACAGGAAAAUCAUCAGAAUCACAAUGGCGAGCAGCAUUCAACACCUAGCAAUUGGUUAUCAAACAUGCUUCCACCGCCAGCACAGAGCAUGGAAAAUUCAGCGACCAAUACACCAAUUCACAAUAUGAUUGCAAGCCCAGUUAAAGCUGUUAAUUUACUCCCUGAUGUUCCCAGUCAUAAUUCAGCAAGAAGACUUACUGAUAAGGAACAAAAAGAUUGUGAUGUUAUUGAACGUCUCAUCAAAUCAUAUUUCUACAUAAUUCGUAAAUCAAUUCAAGAUUCAGUACCAAAGGCUAUAAUGCAUUUCUUAGUUAACUAUGUUAAAGAUAAUCUUCAAAGUGAGCUUGUUACACAUUUAUACAAAUCGGAUAGAGCUGAGACUCUUCUCAAUGAAUCAGAUCAUAUUGCUGUUAGAAGGAAAGAGGCUGCCGAUAUGUUGAAGGCUCUAACUCGUGCUAAUCACAUCAUCAGUGAGAUUCGAGAAACUCACAUGUGGUAAAUCUUUCGUUAAAAAAAAGAGCCAGAACGUAUUUAUUUGCAUGUUUUAAACUGGUUGGUUGUUGGAGCAUCGUUAUACCGAUUGCUCUAAGAAUUGUCUAUUGUAUUCUAUUAAGCAGAUCCAGAGCUCGAUUAAUACUCGGCACUCAACCUGUUGAAACUGUGUUUUUUUUUAUAUUAAAAUUUAGGCAUUAUAUUUAUAGAAGUAAAAAAGAAUGUUUGAUAUUAUAGUGCGAAUCAUAAUAUUAAAACAAGUAAAUAAAAAUCAAACUUAAGUCAUAAAAAUAUUUCUUGGUAUGUUGUAUAUUUGUUGAGCGAAAUUGAGCUUGAAAAAUAUAUAUACAAAAUGUUUACGAAUGCACUUGUUAAUGCUAUCUAUUAAAUUUGUAGUUAAACGAAAUUGUUUACUUUCAAUCAUUAUAAAUUUAUUAUGUCCUUGUAUAAAAAAUUAUUAAUGUUCAUUGUAUUUUUUUCUUUUAAUCACUUAUACAAGAAAAUAAUAAUAAUAAUAUAACUAUGUAAUGUCCAAAGAAAUGUAUAUUACACAUUUUGAUUGCUGUUAGUCUAAAGAAAAAAAAUGUUUAUCUCUCUCUUUCUUUCUCUAUUAAGUGCAACAACACACAUUCUCAUAAAAUGAUUUUAAAUGCACUCUAAAUAAAAUUGUGUUCGCUAUUUCGCUACUUUAUUCAGUAACAUUUAUUAUUAUUAUCACACAUUAACACCAUUCAUUAUAAAUUAAAAAUAUUGUUCGCCUCAGAGAAAAAAUAAAUUUAAAAAUAAAAAAUAUUGUAUAAAAUACCAUUCCUGAAAAAACGAAGAAAAAAAAAUAAAUAAACAAUUAAGAAUCAUUAAAGCUACAUGAUUAUAAAAAAAAAAGUUUUGUGAAAUUUGUUUCAAACCAACCAUAUAAAAAGCAUACUAGUCUGACACAAUUGGUUUUGUACAAUUUGGUGAAAAUAAGAGAUUAAAUAAACGAAAAAUACUAAAAAUAUUA